ACACAAGUGGUUAUCAAAUGACGCGAAACUCGUAUUUAAGUAUUAAUUUUAAUUAAAUGCCAUUAAAUGCUAAUACAGUUUGUAAUGCAAUUAAAAUUAAUAAAAAUUAACUGAACGACUGGUUAUAGUUGUGGACAACGAAGACAUGGAUUCAGUCAGAGAGUGGUACGACUCGGCGAUAAUCAACGACAAAGAGUGGUAUAUCUGUGUCUUCGGCGGCAAUCAAUGCAAUGAAGUCGAGGACAGCGAAGAGGCUAUCGUCGCGCACGUGAGGACACAACACGUGCGGACACAACACGCGCGCCAAAUGGGCGUCCAAUCGGUUGACAUUCCUCUGCCGACGCCUUCUCCGUCCCUUCAGUCCGACAAUGAGUUGAACUCAAAGGUCGUGACCAGCGAUGAAGAGGACGCCGAUAUCAGUGGCCAGAGUGACGGUCAAGAGUUUGACGAGUCGUAUGCGAGCGAUUGGCCCGCGAGUGGCCACUCUAUGACCGAUGACAGGCGUAAACGGGUGUAUAAGUGUCGACACAAGGGCUGCGAUUUCCAGGCGUCCAACGGUGGAGCCCUUGGCCUUCACGUGAGACACAAACACCCGGCCAGUGGUGAGGCGCGGGAGCGGCCGCACAGAUGCACUCACAGCUGGUGUGACAUGUCGUACGUUUCCAGCGGACGACUUAACGUACAUUUAUGGCACCAUAAGUGCGGCUUCAAGUUCGACGACACUCCGGGCGCCCCUCCCGUGACCGGUGCCUGCCGUCGGGCGAAC